GUUUGGAGAGUCAAGUCCACGUCGAUGAAUAAGUCACGCUGAAGUGAGCGAGAUCGGCAUAGAUUGCAGGGCCUUCGCAGGUUGACCGUUCGUUCGGUCAUUGUAGCUCGAGCAUAAAGCAAGUUCGGCUUCGGGUGCAAAUAUCACUGAGUGCCAUGUCCCACCAACAGGUACUAAGAUGGAUGAACAUGGUGCCGGGCGUUGAGUAGAGGCUGGAGGUGAUCAAAGAUCGCUCAGACGCCGAUCCCGCCACUGCGGCUGUUUGUCCCUGUUUGCCUCGCGCUCAAACUCGCUCGAUCCUCGUUGUCGACAUCGACGACCGCCAGAGACCAUCCAAAAGUACAUCGCCCACCAUGCCUCCACCAAAAUCCAAGGGUGGCAAGAUGCUCAGCCUGAUCAACUGGCGGCUGAAAGUCACGAUCAACGACGGUCGCGCGUUCGUCGGGCAGAUGCUCGCGUUCGAUCGACACAUGAACCUCGUCCUCGCGGAGUGCGAGGAGUUCCGCCGCAUCCGUCCGAAGAAGAAGCCCGGCGAGACGGAGGCGGGCCCUGUCCAGGAGAUGAAGCGCACCCUGGGUCUGGUCAUUUUGCGCGGCGAGACGGUGGUCAGUUUGUCGGUGGAAGGGCCGCCGCCUGUCGUGGACGAUGACAAGAAGAACAUGCUUCCGUUCGGUCCAGGAAGAGGUGCACCUGCGGGUCGUGGGAUGGGUAUGAUGCCACCAAUGGGUGCUCCCGCACUACAACGUCCUCCGAUGCCCUUCGGUGGGCCCGGUGCACCAGGUAUGCCUCCGGCAGGCUUCAGGCCCCCUGGCUUCCCCGGUGGCCCGCCAGGCAUGCCGCCCUUCGCCCCCCCUCCCGGCUUCUCCGGGCCUCCUCCAGGCUUCCAGCCUCCGCAGUAAAAACUCUCAGCGCAAAGCCGUGUAUUGUAUUUGUUCUUUUGCUCUCGCAUCACUGACACCAAGGAAGAGUGUACUUGCCGUCCCGAGGAAGGCCUGUCUAGAGCUUGAGCGGACGCUUUGGCUACUUACAUGGUGAGACUGGCGAAAAGGUUUGUAUGGCACCAUGUAUGUAUGU